AUGCUGUAUCGAAUCCCAUGCGUCUGUAUUAGCGCCGACCGGUGCGGCGACGACCGAGCCGCCGCGUGCCGCGACUGUGACAGUGAUCGAGCCGCAAGUGCUUCUCCUGUCGCUCUCCGUGCUCCAGUCACGCGUGUCGCAUCUGCAGGUCCUCCUGGGGAUGCUCGCUCAGCGCUGAAGGUUGACGAGGCGCCUUACGAGCAGGCGGCUGUAGCAGUGGGGACCAUGAUCCGACAGCUGGCUGUAGCGGCCGUCUCGCUGCUGCCGCCCAACCAGCAAGCUGCUGUACUUCAGGCUGAGCCUCUGCUACAGCCGGCGGGGGCUCUCGAGUCAUCCAAUCCACCUGCCGCCGCUAACGGAACUCCGUCAAUCGCCGAUGGGGGAAUUCAAAAUCCGCUUUCCGCUAUACUUGCUCCGACCGCCACCCACUCUGCUGCUGCUCCGGAAGCAGCGGCGUUGAUUUCUCCGGAGUUAAAAUCCAGCUCAACAGCUGCCGAGCCUGGGGAGCCUCGGCAAGAGCCUGUCGGAGAGGCACGGGCGGAGGUGGCGCCAGAUGCAACACCGAUGCGCGACCUGACACUUGACGCGCAGAGUUGGAUCGCGGUCGGGAGGAAAAGAGGUCGCAACGACGAGUGCGAAACAGAACCUGCUGCAGAAGCCGCCUGGUCUGCCGAACCCCUCCAAAAAAGCAACUUGUGCGGUGAGCUGCGGUCUCCAGGCCUUGGAGUUGCCGUUGUGGCAGAGCCUGAUCCGCAUAGCGGCAUGGAAAUUGCGGGAAACAUGGAAGCUGGGGGCUAUGAGGAGAAAUUGGUGGAGGAUGUGACUGGUCCGACUGGAGCAAAUUCAUGCGGACUUCCUACUGCCGGUGUAGUGUCGGAGAUGUUCAGCUGCCCGGCUGCAGGCUGCCCGUUCAACAAGCAGCACCCGGGGUUCCGCGCAUUCAAGUCGAAGGCGUCGCUGCGGAACCACUACCGUCGGACGCACGCUGGUGAGGCGUUGCUGUGCUCGCGGUGCGGCAGCAAGUCGUUCUGCCUGCCGGCCGACCGGGAGGCUCAUGAGAGGCGGUGCGGGCCACGGCGGUGGCAGUGCUCCUGCGGCAACUCGUUUAGCCGAAAGGACAAGCUCGCCAAUCACUUGAAGGUCUUUCCAAGCCACCACGAGCUUGCCACCCAGAGCACGCUGCUCCCAGAUCCAUCUUAUGAACUCUCAGCACAUGGGCUGCCAAACCACCCACCACCCCUUCAUCAUGGGUUUGAUUCCCAAGGACCCUCUCCGAGUGACCCACCGGAGAGUUCAACUCAGCAGCAAGCCUUCCGGGCGUCGGCAGUAGACGGCAGGCUGUUGCUGGGUGGUGGGACGAUGAGAGUACAGCCAUCCCAUCAUGGCUCCAAAAAGCCCCGUCUCAGUGGCUUUCCGGGGAGUUCAGCUCAACGGCCGCAGGCCUCCCGGGCCUCAAAGGUAGAAGGCAGGCUGCUGCGGACUGGUGCAAUGAUGAGAAUGAAGCCACCACCCCAUUCCCAGGAGCGGCGGCCCUGUCCCAGUCAUCCUCCGGGACCUUCAGCCCAGCAGCAGGCCUCCCGGGCCUCACAGGUAGACAGCAGGCUCCUGCCGGGUGGUGUGACAAUGAGAAUGCAGCCGCCACCCUGUUCCCAGGGGCCCUGUCGUCCCGGCGACCCUCCGGGGAGUUCUGCUCAACGGCAGGCAUACCGGGCCUCACAGUCGAACGGCAGGCUGCUGCUGGGUGGUGACACGAUGGCAAAGCAUCCAUCAACCCAUCGUCAUUCCCAAGGAAACUCAGGGCACGGUGACCCUCCGAAGAGUUCUGCUCAACGGCAGGCCUUCCGGGCCUCACAGGUAGAAGCCAGGCUGCUACGGGGUGGUGCGACGAUCUUUGAGACGUAUCAAAAGUCAGUAGUAGAAAAGAGGGUGGCGCCGGGUGGUGCGACGAUCAUGCCGAUGCCGCCGCAGCUCCAGCCAUCGCCAAUAGUUGCACGGCCUCCCCGGCCACGUGCCGCCGCUAGUCGCCUGGUUAACUGUUGGGGCUUGCAUGAUUAUGACGGUCGUCCAGUUGCUGAUGCAGAUGCCUGUCGUUCCGGAGUAGACCGACAAGUAAUUGCUGGUUGCCUACCGGGCGUUAUGGGAAGAACAGCGGCACUACCAUCUACCAUGGGCCAAUCGUUUGACAUCGUCAGGCUCAUUGAGGAUUUGAUUCGAUCUCGGGCAGUUCCGGGUUCCGAACCACCCUCUCCCGAGCCUGCACCUGCAGCAGCAAGGGCUUCAGUCCGUGCUACAGCUGAGACAGCUACAGCAGCAUCCCAUGCGAGAGUGGUGCUGGGAGGGCAGCAUGGGCCAGGAGAGUGGCUGCAUCGCCUUACAAGGGCCCAACAGCAGCAGGAGGAGAGGGUGGAGAAGGAGAAGGAGCAGCAACAACAGAUAAAGGAGGAGGGGGAGGAGGAGGUGGAGGAGGAGGAGGAGGAGGAGGAGGAGGAGGAGGAGGAGGAGGAGGAGGAGGAGGAGGAGGAGGAGGAGGGGGAGGAGGAGGGGGAGGAGGAGGAAGAGGAGGAAGAAGAAAAUAGAGAAGCAGAACAGGCACACCAGCUGCAAGGGAAGAAGCAGCAGCAGGAGCAGGAGCAGGAGCAGGAGCAUGUAAAAGAAUUGGAAGGCACGAAACGUUUUCAGCAGCAGCAACAGAAGCAUAACGAGGAGGAGAAGCAGCAGGGGCAGAAGGUGCAGCAGGGGCAGAAGGAACAGCAGGGAAAAGAACAGGGGAAGAAGACUCAUGAGAAGCAGGCUCCAGAAAAACAGGCUCGAGAGAAGCAGGCUCAGGAGAAGCAGGCUCAGGAGAAGCAGGUUCAGGAGAAGCAGGCACGGGAGGCGCAGUGGAAGCAGCAGUGCGACACAGUGGCAGUGGCGAUAGUUGGCAUGAUCAAGAGCCUCGCAGUGGCCGCUGCCAGCGUGCUGCCUCCCCACCAGCAGCACAGCGCUCUCCUUCCCCUACUCCCUCUACUGCCAAACCUGCAGCUCCUCCCCCACGACCUUCAGCUGCCCAUAGCCAGGCUGCCAGCACAACAAGCAGCACUUUCGCUUCCGCCCGCUCAGGUCCCUUGCCUCGCUGCACACCCACCACCGCCGUGUGCACAGCACCAAGCCCUUCACCUGUUCCCGCUGCCAGGUGAACCUUUUUCUCUUAUCUCCACUGCCCUGUCCUGUCCUAAUCUCUCCUCCUCUCUCCGCCGUUCGCUCAAUUCCCUUGCCUUGCUGUACACCCAUCACCUACCCAUGCACAGCGCCAACCCUUUCACGUGCUCCCGAUACCAGAUCAAGUCCUUCCCCCUCCACGAGAAGCAGUGCAGUGUGAAGCGGUGGAACUGCUCCUGCUGCUCACUCAAACUCUUAUUCCCUCCAUUUCCCCCUCUCCCUUACCCUCAGGUCAAGUCCUUUGGCCUUCAGGUAGACCUGUGGGACAACAAGAAGCAGUGCGGUCAAGUCCUUUGGCCUUCAGGUAGACCUGUCAAGUCCUUUGGCCUUCAGUCCGACAUGCGAACACACGAGAAGCGGUGCGAUGUGAAGCGGUGGCACUGCUCCUGCGGGAACUCCUUCAGCAGAAAGGACAAACUAUUCAACCAUCUCAACACGUUCACAGACCACUCACCUCUCUUCAACCUCCAACCAGUUGCCGUUCCCGUUCAGCCAAAGCAGAAGGUGCAGCAGAGGAGACAGACGCUGCAGGCCUAG